AUGUUUUCCAUCGUCGACAGCAAACGUAAAAAAGCAGUUUUAAUUUUAAACGGUUAUCGUUAUACACAAGAUCGGGUAAGAAAUAAUAACACAUAUUGGAAAUGUGAAGAUCGUUCAUGUACUGGUCGUGCAUCACAAAAAUGUUCGGAUGAUCCAAAAGAAACACAACAACAUAGUCACAGUCCUAACCAAGAUCAAUGCAACGUUGAAGAAUUUACAGCAAAUGUAAAGAAACGCAUUAGAGAAGAACCAGAACCAGUAAGAAAAAUAUUUAGACAAGAAUUAGUUAAACUGCAAACAAAAAAUCCUGCACGAAACGAAAGUUUCCCUCCACCACCUAAAACUUUGGCUGAUGUGAAAGUAGAUGGUAAGUGGAAUCAAACAUUAAAUAAUGAACCGUUUUUGUUACCAGAUACUCAAAAUCUAAUAUUUGGAACAAUAGAAUCUCUAGAUGAAUUAAGUAAAAGUGAGCAUAUAUUAAUGGAUGGAAUAUUUCAGUCAUGUCCUGUUCCAUAUUAUCAAGUUUAUACAAUACAUAGUGUGAAUGAUGGUCUAUCGUCAUCAAAAUUAUACUCAUUACUUCCUCGUAAAGAGAAAAACACUUACAUUUCUUUAUCUCAAGAUAUCCAAAACGUAUGCUAUCGAAAUAGUAUUACUUUAAAUUCAAAAUUUGUCACAUUAGAUUUUGAACAAGGUGCUAUAUCUGCAUGUGAAUUAUUAUUUCCAAAUGCCAAGAUCAAAGGUUGUAAUUUCCAUUUUAAUAAAUGUUUCUACAUAAAAUUACAAAAUUUAGGUUUUCAGUCUGCAUUUAUUAAUUCUAGUGCCAAUGAUGAUCCGAAUGAAAUUAAUGUUAGAAAUCUUUACAGAAAAACUUCUGCAGUAGCAUUUAUGCCACCAACUACUGUGAAAGAUUUAUGGAGUCAAACAAUGGAUGAGUAUGAUACUAUUAAUGGAAUCACGCCUUUUUUUGAUUAUGUCACUGAAACUUGGAUUGAAGAUAGCUUAUUUGAUAUUUCUUUAUGGAAUUAUUAUGAUUUUCCCAGUUGUCGAACCAAUAACAAUGUUGAAGGUUGGCAUUAUCGACUUAACUCAUCACUUAAUAAUGUUGCUCAUCCCGGUUUUUAUACAUUUAUCCAAUCAAUCCAAAAUGAUCAUGCAUAUAAUAUAGCCUUGAAAAAAAUUUGUACAAAGCAAAAUAGUUUACCGCCACGUAAGAAAUUAUAUGUUAAUCGUAAUCACCGUUUACAUAAUUUAGAAGAUAGAUAUAAACGACACAGUAUAAAUUUAAAUGACUUUUUGUGUAGGGUAUCAAAAACAAUAGGUGUUAAAAAGUUUUGA